AUGAGCCAGGUGUCUGAGGAAGACACAGACAGUUUCCUGCUUGAUCUUGACCAGUGGUGUGGACAGAUCCGCUGCAGCUUCCUCUUACAUCGUGACGCGAAAGGUCCGUGCUUCGCCCGGGCUUUGAUUCAAGAACAACUCUACAAAGGAGAGGAAUUUUAUUUUCAGAUUGAUAGCCACAUGCGUUUUGUGCAAGACUGGGAUACGCUCUGCAUAGAGCAGCUCCAGCUGUGUGAAAGCCCAAAUCCCAUCCUCACUACGUAUGGGUCCAGCUACAGUUUGCCAAAGAGCUACAGAGCUGGCACGCCUGAUUGUGCAGAGUUGAUAUCCAACAAGGCGUUAGCGAUCCUUUGUGCUGACACCUUUGGGGAUGCCAACCAGGAUGACCCCUUCCUUCGCAUCAAGACGCGAAGCUGUCGAAAGGGUUUUCUCCAGCCUCCCCCGGCAUUCUUUUGGACAGCACGCUUCUCCUUCUCUCGUGGAGAGGUCGUCCGCGAAGUUCCGUAUGACCCCCAUUUGCAAUAUGUGUUCUUUGGAGAAGAGAUCUCAAUGUCCGUGAGACUUUGGACUUCGGGCUGGGAUUGUUUCCAUCCAACCAAGGAGAUUGCAUUUCACUUGGCCAGUCGGGCGCAUAGGUAUUGGUUCCGAGAAGUUCAAACCCAAAAGGAGCAAGUGGAGCAUGAGCAGAAAGCCAAGUGCAGGAUUUGUGGCAUGUUGGGGACACCGUGGCAGCAUAAGCUCCAUCAGCCACCUGAAGCUCCCUUUGGCUUGGGGACACAGAGGACACUGGCAGCUUACGAAGGUUUCACCGGCGUCGAUUUCAAGCAGCUGCAGCUGGAGCCACGGGCAAUGCUCGGUGGCCAAAGCCCAGAAGUCUUUGCACCGCUAUGGGCCGAUGAGCAGAGGGAGAAGAUGCUGCUUAACAACCAGUUGAAGGAUGUCGAGUCAUGGGCAGGAAAGGGCAACAAGUCGGCUAACGCCAACAUAGCUGUCCUGGAGGCUGGCGUGAACUACAUUUGCUCGUGUCACCCACGGGUUGUCCUGCACAUACACCAUGCUUUGUUGCCUUGGCGCACGCCAGAAAAUGCCCUAGCAGCCUUUAUGUCAAUGUGA